AUGGCACCAAAGAAGAAAAGUACCAAAAAAAACAAAAGUGAAAAGAAUGAAUUACCAAAAAUAAGUAUUGUUGAGGAAACAACCAUUGAUAUUGACCAACUGAACCAUCUUAACACUCUCUAUGAUAGUGGAUCAAAUGGAUUUCGAUGCACAGCCACAGAAAUCUCCAAUCCCAACCAUGGCUCCAUCAUCUUGGAGGAAAUCAGCAGGAUGCGCCAGGAGAGACUCCUCUCUGAUCUCACACUAUCCACUAAAAACAAAUCCUAUUAUGUCCACAAAGUGGUGAUGGCAGCUUGCAGUGAUUAUUUCCGCAAUAUGUUAAAGAAAGAUCCAUCUGUUCAAUGUGUAGAUGUCAAUGAUGUAUCACCUUUAGGUUUGGCCACUGCCAUAACCUACGCCUACACAGGGACACUCAGUUUGUCUCUUUAUACCAUUGGAUGCACCAUUGCUACUGCCACCCAAUUCCAAAUGUAUACUUUGAUCAACAUGUGCACUGACUUCCUUAUUCAAGAAAUUAAUGUGGAAAACUGCAUGUACAUCUCCAACAUUGCUGGAACAUAUGGGCUCAAACAGGUUAAAGAGUCAGUGAAGAAAUUCAUCCGUGAAAAUUUCUUGGAGUUUUCAGAGAAUGAUCAAUUUAUGAAGCUAACUUAUGACCAAAUUAGUGACUUGUUAAUGGAUGAUUGCCUCCAACUGCCCUCUGAGCUCACUGCUUUCCAAAUUGCUAUGAAGUGGUUGCAGUUUGAUUCCAAGAGGGUGAAGCAAGCAGCUGAUUUGUUGAGUAAUAUCAGAUUUGGUACCAUUUCAGCUCAUGAUCUGGUCAGUUAUGUUCAACCUAUCCCAUGUAUGAUGCAAGAUCCAGAUUGCCAUCGACUUCUAGUUAAUGCCAUGAACUACCACCUCCUGCCUCAUCAACAGAACUCGAUGCAGUCUAGAAGAACAAAGCUAAGGGGAGGACAAAAGGCACUGGUAACUGUGGGUGGUCGGCCAGCUUUGACUGAGAAGGCUUUGAGCAGAGAAAUCUUAUACAGAGACCCUGAAAAUGGAUGGAACAAACUUGCAGAAAUGCCAGCCAAGAGUUUCAAUCAAUGUGUUGUAGUGAUGGAUGGCUUUUUAUAUGUGGCAGGUGGUGAAGAUCAAAAUGAUGCCCGAAAUCAGGCUAAACAUGCUGUUAGCAAUUUAAGCAGAUAUGACCCUCGUUUCAACACUUGGUUUCACCUCUCCAGCAUGCUUCAGAAGCGAACCCACUUCAGCAUGUGUGCAUAUAAUGGCCUUCUCUUUGCUCUGGGAGGUCGGAAUUUAGAAGGUCCUCUCGCAUCCGUGGAAUGUUACAUCCCUUCCACCAAUCAGUGGCAGAUGAAGGCUCCAAUGGAUGUCGCCCGCUGCUGCCAUGCUUCUGCAUUGAAUGACGGCCAGAUCCUGGUGACAGGCGGCUACAUCAACAAUGGCUAUUCUCGCACAGUUUGCACCUACGACCCUACAACAGACAUGUGGAAGGACCGUACCGGCCUGAGCACCCCGAGAGGCUGGCACUGCUCAGUCACCCUCGGUGAUUAUAGCUACGUGAUGGGCGGUAGUCAGCUCGGGCCACACGGUGAGCGAGUUGAUGUGUUAACAAUUGAACGUUACAGUGCCUACAAUGGCCAAUGGAGCUACGUGGCUCCUCUAUCAAUUGGCGUAAGCACAGCAGGUGCAACGACCCUGAAUGACAGAAUCUAUCUAGUCGGAGGUUGGAACGAAAGCACAAAGAAAUACAAGAGCUGUAUCCAAGUCUACAAUCCCGAUCUGAAUGAAUGGAUUGAGGAAGAUGAGCUACCAGAAGCCACCGUGGGCGUUUCUUGCUGCACCAUCAUGUUACCCAACAACACACUCCGAGAGUCCAGAGCUAGUUCCGUGGCAUCUGCAGCAAUCAGUAUCUGA